AUGAUUGUCAGUCAAGGCUACCUGUACGUCUGUCCAGAACAGCUGCCUUAUUGGGAAAGAGUGUUCGUAUAUCUCCUGGAUGCGGAAUCUCGUCUGACCUGCAGCGAUCCACCCCAUGACUUCCCGCAAGAAGGCCGACUCAGAGAUGCCGUCCUUCAGCAGAAGAGGGUGGUCUGCAACGGGCUGCCGGCGGGCGAGCUGCAGGGCAAGCCGGUGGCUGGCUUGGCAGCCCCCUUAGCCCCUGGCAAGCAAGUGCUAAUCAAUCCUUUGGUGGACAAGGAUUCGGGAGUCGUGGUAUGCGUGAUCCUAAUCUCCUGCGGUCAACUUUCCGAGUCGGAUGAGCAAAACCUUCGCGCUUUGGAAAAGCACAUCCUGGUCUCCUACAAGCGUCUCCAAAGCCUUCAGAAGUUGCAACCUUGCCAGGCGAAACCGGUGGAGCCCCCCAGGAGCAACUAUAGCGAGCUGGACAGCAAGAUCCUGCAGUUGUGCGGGGAACUGUACGAUCUGGACGCAGCCUCCCUCCAGCUUAAAGUCAUUAAUUAUCUGAAGGAGGAGACCCGGUCUCAGUGUUCCUGUCUUCUCCUGGUCUCAGAAGACAACAACCAGCUCUUCUGCCAGGUGGUUGGAGAUAAAGUCUUGGAGGAGGACAUGAGCUUCCCAUUAACAGUUGGACAUUUGGGAAAAGUUGUGGAAGAGAAGCAAUCUUUUAUCCUGAAAGACAUCAGCUUGGAAGAGCACAAGCAGUUGAACACCAUGCUGGGCUUUGAGGUGACCUCCAUGCUGUGCGUCCCUGUGGUCAGCCGAGCCACCUCCCAAGUGGUGGCCUUGGCCUGUGCCUUCAACAAGCUUGGUGGCGAAAGCUACACUGAAGCUGAUGUCUACAAAAUCCAGCAUUGCUUCUGCUACACUUCCACGGUGCUGACCAGCACGCUGGCCUUCCAGAAGGAGCAGAAACUCAAGUGGGAGUGUCAGGCUCUUUUGCAAGUGGCCAAGAACCUCUUCACUCACCUGGAUGACGUUUCGGUGCUGCUGCAGGAGAUCAUCACGGAAGCCAGGAAUCUCAGCAACGCCGAAAUAUGUUCGGUUUUCCUGCUGGACCGAAGCAAUCACGAACUGGUGGCCAAGGUCUUCGACGGCGGAGUGGUGGAUGACGAGAGCUACGAAAUCCGGAUUCCAGCCGAUCAGGGCAUCGCCGGCCACGUGGCCACCACGGGAAAGAUCCUGAACAUCAAGGACGCUUAUUCCCACCCGCUCUUCUACCGCGGGGUGGACGACAGCACCGGCUUUCGCACCAGGAACAUCCUCUGUUUCCCCAUCAAAGACGAGAACCAGGAGGUGAUUGGCGUGUCCGAGCUGGUGAACAAAAUCAACGGGCCCUGGUUUAGCAAGUUUGACGAGGACCUGGCCACCGCCUUCUCCAUCUACUGCGGCAUCAGCAUCGCCCACUCCUUGCUCUACAAGAAGGUCCGGGAAGCACAAUACCGGAGUCACUUGGCCAACGAGAUGAUGAUGUAUCACAUGAAGGCCAUUCUCAGCAUGCUCCAGGACAUGAAUUUCAUCAGCAGUUACAAAAUGGACCGUCAGACCCUGGUCAGGUUCUGCCUGAUGGUGAAAAAGGGGUACCGGGACCCUCCCUACCACAACUGGACGCACGCUUUCUCCGUCUCCCACUUCUGCUACCUGCUCUACAAGAACCUGGAGCUCGUCAAGUAUCUGGAAGACAUUGAAAUCUUCGCCUUGUUCGUCUCCUGCAUGUGCCACGACCUGGACCACCGAGGGACCAACAAUUCUUUUCAGGUGGCAUCGAAAUCCGUCCUGGCGGCUUUGUACAGUUCCGAAGGAUCCGUGAUGGAGAGACACCAUUUCGCCCAGGCCAUCGCCAUCUUGAACACGCACGGCUGCAACAUCUUCGACCAUUUCUCCCGCAAGGAUUACCAAAGGAUGCUGGAUCUGAUGAGGGACAUCAUCCUGGCCACCGACCUGGCCCAUCACUUGAGGAUCUUCAAAGACCUGCAGAAGAUGGCCGACGUCGGCUACGACCCGGCCAACAAGCAGCACCACAGCCUCCUGCUUUACCUUCUCAUGACCUCCUGUGACCUCUCGGACCAGACCAAAGGCUGGAAGACCACCCGCAAGAUCGCGGAACUGAUCUACAAGGAAUUCUUCUCCCAGGGAGAUCUGGAGAAAGCCAUGGGCAACCGUCCGAUGGAGAUGAUGGACCGGGAAAAGGCCUACAUCCCUGAGCUGCAGAUCAGCUUUAUGGAACACAUCGCCAUGCCCAUCUACAAGCUGCUCCAGGAGCUCUUCCCCAGGGCCAGGGAGCUGUACGAGCGGGUGGCCAGCAACCGGGAGCACUGGACCAAAGUCUCGCACAAGUUCACCCUCCGGGGCCUUCCCAGCAACAACUCCCUGGAUUUCCUGGACGAGGAGUACGACCUGCAGGCCAUGGCCGAGAAGGACGGGCUGAAGAUGAACGGCUGCCUGGACGGGGAGGAUGGGCACGGGGAUCCCGAGCUGGAAUGA